CCUCCCCUCGCGCGCUGCGCCCCUUCUACCGCUGCCCAGUGCCAGUACAGUAGUAGUCGUGCUAGCAAAAACAAAAGACGCGAGCGAUGCGGUGGUCGGGACAUGUGAGUUGGACUUGGACUUAUACUUGAGUGUCGCUACACGGGAACUUGUAAACUUGUACGUAUUGUCGAGACUUCAACAUCUACUACUACAUCUACUUCUACGUCUACUCUACACCAACUUCCCAAGCACAGACGCUCCGACUGCCGCCCACCAACUGUGAUAGCCCACCCUCGAGUCUGCCGCCCUCCUCGCCAGCCCCGCGCUCCGGUGGAUCUGUUCCUCAGGCACAUGAGAUGGGGUCGCCACAUUACAACCUGCGCUGGAACAACCACCAGAACCACCUACUGACAGCGUUUGACUCCCUGCUCCAGAAUGAGACCCUGGUUGACGUCACCCUCAUCUGUGAGGAGUCCAGCUUCAAGGCACACAAGGUCGUCCUCUCCGCCUGCAGCCCAUAUUUUGAGAGGAUAUUCUCAGAGACUCCAUGCAAACAUCCUGUGAUAGUCCUGAAGGAUCUGCGAGGCUGGGAGGUCCAGGCCAUCGUAGACUUCAUGUACAGAGGAGAGAUCAGCGUGGGACAGGAACAACUCACGUCCCUCAUCAAAGCUGCUGAAUCUUUACAGGUGCGAGGACUAGCACACACAGAAAGGAUUCCAAUGUGCGGACCAGAGAACAAGGAGAGAGACAGGGAGAAAGACAGAGACAGAGACAGAGAUAGAGACACAUCAGGCCAGAGUGGGGGUAGCGGGGGUACAUUCUCUCCUUCGUCCAGAGUCAGCAUGUUUCCGGCGGGUCUCAACGCUUCGUCCCCGCAGUACAAUGGACCUUUGCGGCUGCCGCAGCUGCCUCACAUGCCUCACAUCUCCUUCACUGACAGACACUGCAACUCCCCUCUGCCUCGUAGGAAACAGGCCAGACCAAGAAGAAGGUCAGGGGAGAUAUGUGGGGCCCAAGAUCUUACCAAGGGGCCAAACUCGCCAGACACAGAAGCAGCAGAGAAUUUGUCCAUCAAGAAGAACAACAACAACCUACCUCUCAACAGGGUGGCGUUCAGCCCAUCCCCUUCCAGUGUAAAUAACCCAAUGAAGAUUGAAAGUGAGGACUCGGACGCUGCAGACUCGAGUCAGAACCAGCCGAUGGAGUUGACGACUACACCUUCGGACAGUCGACCUGAACCUCCCACCCCUACCUCAGAGUCCAUCACGAGCCUACCUCCCCCACCACAUGUGAGUCUAACAACACCUAAACAAGAGACCUUUGAGAAUUCCUCUUUUCCUCAUCUGACUUCCAUAUCAGCUUUGUCCCUAACACCACCUCACAUGUUUUCGCUAGAUGCACACUUUGGACUUUUCCCUGGAAUGGAGAGCUGUCGAAAUUCCUUUUUCAAUGACUUCACCGACCAUCGGGGUGAAAACCAUCAAAUGGCAGUUAAAAAGAAGAUGGGAAGACCAAAGGGUCAGCACAGUGCGCCAAGGGGAGGACCUCCUCGCUCAUGGACCAACGCAGAGUUGACGGAAGCUCUGCAGCACGUGUGGAACAAGAAGAUGACAACAUCCCAGGCCUCACGCAUCUUUGGCAUCCCUUACAACAGUCUCCUGAUGUACGUUCGAGGCAAGUACGGCAAGUCCCUCAAGCUCGAACAACUCAAGAAAGAAUGUUUUGGAGACGUCGGUGGCCCUUUGGAUAUCUUAGGGCUGGGCCCUUUAUCUUCGAACAAUAACAACCCACCGCCGAAACAUCACCUCAAAGGACCCGAGCCGGAUUUGAUGCUAGGACCUCCGGGGUUCAACCCGGGAUCUUAUCCGUCACCGAAUUUCUAUCCUGACUUUGGUGCGUCUUUUCCUGUUCCAGUAGGAAUGGUCCAUCUUUUACCACAAUCUGAGAAAAACCGGGACCACUCGGGUCCUGUUGAUUAUGUCAAGGACGAAUACCACAGGAAUCUUCCCAACCCGAUGGACUAUGGGAAGGAAGAGGUGAGGAGUAGCCCGGCCAACAUGGAGUUCUCCAAGGAGGAGAUGAACCUGCAGAACAACUCAGUGGAGGAAGACGAGGGAGAGCAGCAAGGGCAGUCUCAGUCACAGCAGCAGACGCAGAGACACCACGAGGAACAGAACGGUCAGGACUGACAAGCGCUGCUCACGGAUUGUUGAUACGAGGCGUUCUCCAAUCUGAUGGCUAGGUUCUCUCACCUCAACUGAACGAGGCACAGUUCUCGCUAAAGACUCAGUGGACUCUGUUAAAUAAUUACUCGAAUAUAUAACAAAUUAACUACAGCUAGGACAAACAAAGAGAUGUGAGUGGACCGUUGUUUUUGUAUAGUUAAGUGAUAUCUUCUCCGACUUACCAAAUGACAAAUGGGUUUUGCUAAAUGUUUUGUGGACUUCUGGAUCAAAACGGGUGAAACGUAGUCGCAUGACCUCACAUAUUUACAGUUUGUUCAGAGUUUUAUAGGUGUUACUAGACCAGUGAUAUUAUUCUUAUACUUACGAUACGAGUAUACAACAACAUUUACAAUAUGAUAUUUUUAUACAAUAUACAACAUGUCAUGCGACAGCGUUUCACCCGCCAUAUCGUUCCCUACAAUACGAUUGAAACCAAAAUUUCAGCUUCUCCAUUUUCCUCCAGAUACACUUGGGUUCCUUUGAUGACAACGGUCUUUAGUUGGUACUAUUAAUGUUGUGCUUCCUAUGUUAUACAUCUCUCAAUUUUAAUACAUAGUUUUACUAAGAAAAGGAAAGUUUAGUGUUGAGAGAAAUGUUGACUGUGCAUUCUGUCGUUAAUGUUUCCAAAGUCGCAGAAAGAUUUCUCUUUGCAGCAGACUUUCAGUACAUAAUGAGAGUUUAAAUAUAUACUGAUUACAUUAUAUAUUUAUUCUUCCUCAAUAUAUUAAGUAGACAAAUUCAUUUGUUUACUGAAUUUAAUAAGUAAAACUAAUUGGUGUUUUAUUGGAAUUUGACGCUUUGAACUAUAAUUUCAAAAUGUAGCAAUCAUUAAAUUUCUCAUUGUAUAACAAUUUGAGAAGACAACAAUAAGAAAUAUUCUAAAUUUAUAAUAACCUAUGACUAUCUUGUUACGAUUGAUUGAAAGAAACUCACGACUUAAGAGUUGGUUUUUUAAAAUUCCUAGUGAACUCCAUUAUUCAUUCUGAUGGCUACAAGAGAAUAUCAAUUGGAGCUCACCUAAAGUCGUAAUAAAUUCAUAUAUAUCUACUGGUGAUUUCAUUAUCAGCAAAUGAAAUAUGGAAAUGGCCUAAUAAUAAAUUUACAAAGUAAAAGGAGCAAA